UGCGUCAUUUGUUCAAGUAACUGCAGAAGUAACUCAUGGGAUAAAGAUACGUUCCUCAAUAUAACAUGAGAUGGUAUAUUCAAGGGAUGCUAGGAACAUGAAACUCUUGUCACAUAUGCUAUUUUUCACUGUAGUUAUGUUGUUAAUCGUUUUUAGGAUGACAAAGUUCCAACAUCAACAGACGGAGAUGGAAAAAAAAUCACGUCCUUUUGAUUCACAGAUGGAAUCCUGGGAAGCUGAUGAGACUUCAGCCAGGAUAGGUUACUUACCUCAUGGAAUAAUUAAUCAAAAUUCUGAUAUGGAAUUAAAGCAUCUUUGGAUUAGGGGGACAUCAGAUCUGAAGGAUGUUGGUCAAAAUAAUAGGAAGUUACUAGCAAUAUCUGUUGGCAUAAAUCAGAAGAGAUAUGUUGAUGCCAUUGUGACGAAGUUUCUUCCAGAAAACUUUACAGUUAUCCUAUUCCACUAUGACGGGAAUGUUAAUGGUUGGCAAGAUUGCCCAUGGAGUAGUGGAGCAAUCCAUAUUAGUGCACAGAGCCAAACAAAAUGGUGGUUUGCGAAGCGUUUCCUGCACCCAGAUGUCGUCUCUAUCUAUGAAUAUAUAUUUCUUUGGGAUGAAGAUCUUGGCGUUGAGAAUUUCCAUCCAGGAAGAUACUUGGAAAUUGUGAAGUCUGAAGGACUGGAGAUAUCACAGCCAGCAUUAGAACCCCAUCUAUCUGAAAUACAUCAUCAGAUUACUGUCCGCAGGAAGAAGAGCAAGGUUCAUAGGAGAGUUUGGGACCGGCAAGCUGGAAAGUGUUCACGUGAUAGUGAGGAGCCACCAUGCGUAGGUUGGGUGGAGGGUAUGGCUCCAGUAUUUUCUAGAUCUGCUUGGCGUUGUGCUUGGAAUCUCAUUCAGAAUGAUCUGAUCCAUGGAUGGGGACUGGAUAUGAAGCUUGGAUAUUGUGCUCAGGGGGACCCGAUUAAGAAGGUAGGUGUUGUAGAUAGUGAAUUCAUCGUCCAUCAAGGUGUGCAGACUUUGGGAAGUGUUUCAACUAAAAAGCAUAGAGGUGGAACUCCAGUGAUGGAUUCCCGUGCUGAGGUUAGGAGAAGUGCGAGAUUAGAGCUUCAAAAUUUUGAGGAGCGAUGGCUUAAUGCAGUGAAAGAAGACAAGGGCUGGGUUGAUCCAUUUGAAAAAACACGAAAGAGGAGGAAUAGUAAGCACAGGUUCCAUUGAAGGGAUUCAUUCGGUACUAAUAAUUUAAACAUUUUGAGUUUUUCAUUUUUGUUUUAUCUUUUUCAUAUGUUUUUACCGUUCAGUUUGUUUAUACUAGUGUUGAUGUAAUCAUGUAACGGCUCUUUUUACCUUUAAAUAAACUAAUCAGAUAUUUUUUUU